AUGCCGGAGGGGCCCCGGCUGCGGCCUCCGCCCUCCGGCCUCGCGGGCCUCCUGUUCCUGGCGCUGUGCAGUCGGGCCCUCAGUAAUGAGGUCCUGGGCCUGAAGCUGCCCGGCGAGCCGGCCCUGACGGCCAACACCGUGUGCUUGACGUUGUCGGGCCUGAGCAAGCGGCAGCUGGGCCUGUGCCUGCGCAGCCCCGACGUGACGGCGUCCGCGCUGCAGGGGCUGCACAUCGCUGUCCACGAGUGUCAGCACCAGCUGCGCGACCAGCGCUGGAACUGCUCAGCGCUCGAGGGCGGCGGCCGCCUGCCGCACCACAGCGCCAUCCUCAAGCGCGGUUUCCGAGAGAGUGCCUUCUCCUUCUCCAUGCUGGCUGCAGGGGUCAUGCACGCCGUAGCCACUGCCUGCAGUCUGGGCAAGCUGGUGAGCUGCGGCUGCGGCUGGAAGGGCAGCGGUGAGCAAGACCGGUUGAGGGCCAAACUGCUGCAGCUGCAGGCACUGUCCCGGGGCAAGAGCUUCCCUCACUCGCUGCCCAGCCCAGGCCCCAGCCCCAGCUCAGGCUCCAGCCCUGGCCCCCAGGACACAUGGGAAUGGGGCGGCUGUAACCACGACAUGGACUUUGGCGAGAAGUUCUCCAGAGACUUCCUGGAUUCCAGGGAAGCUCCCCGAGACAUCCAGGCCCGAAUGCAGAUCCACAACAACAGAGUGGGGCGCCAGGUGGUAACUGAAAACCUGAAGCGGAAAUGCAAGUGCCAUGGCACAUCGGGCAGCUGCCAGUUCAAGACAUGCUGGAGGGCUGCCCCCGAGUUCCGGGCAGUGGGGGCAGCACUGAGGGAGCGGCUGGGCCGGGCCAUCUUCAUCGAUACCCACAAUCGCAACUCAGGAGCCUUCCAGCCGCGUUUGCGUCCUCGUCGCCUCUCGGGAGAGCUGGUCUACUUUGAGAAAUCUCCUGACUUCUGUGAACGAGACCCUGCCGUGGGCUCCCCGGGCACCCAGGGCCGGGCCUGCAAUAAGACCAGUCGCCUACUGGACAGUUGUGGCAGCCUGUGCUGUGGCCGCGGGCACAACGUGCUCCGGCAGACGCGCGUGGAGCGCUGCCAUUGUCGCUUCCACUGGUGCUGCUACGUGCUGUGUGAGGAGUGCAAGGUCACAGAGUGGGUCAACGUGUGCAAGUGAGGCUCCGCCUCCCCGCGGGGUGGGGGGAGGGGCGCCUUUGCAGCACUUUGCUCUGAUUUUUGUCCAGGGUCAAUCUUGGCCCCUGGAAGCUCCAAGUAGCCCCCUGAAAAGUUUUGGAGAUGGUGGGGGCCAGGUGAUCUGUGGCGUGCAGCCUUCUUCCUACAGUUGGAAGGCCUGCUGGGGAGCUGUCACCCCCUUCUGCUCCAUGACUGCCUGUUGGGACUGAUGAUGAGGAUAUGCACUGUAUUGCCCCCUCCCCCACCCCAUCCAGCUCCUGUC